CAUGAGACGGUAAGGCAGGGAACCUGAAGCAGAAGCUGCCAUCCCCAUGCCUCCCUAAGAUCUGCAGAUACUUUGAAACCGUGCCCUUGUUUCAACCCUGGGAUCCUCUGUCUACUGGUAAGAGAGCUGUAUUGCAAGGACUUGGUGCCCUUAAGGAAAACUGGGACUUUUUGCUGCAGUGCCGCUCACUGGGAACAGGCAGAGAAAGAGAGAAGGAGGAACAAGCGCUUGAAGACCAGCCAGGUGAUAGUUGUGCCAAACCACAGAAAGAGGAACCAUGACUUCAGUUCUCUACAGCGUCCGCCUUCAACUGGAUGAGAACCUUGAACAGAUGCAACAGGGGUCAAUGAUGCGCAAGGUGAAGUCUAAGAACUGGAAGAAACAACGGUACUUCAUGUUGCAGGACGACUGCAUGACCAUCUGGUACAAAUCCAAGAUGUCUGGCAAAGCCAAGUCUGCAUUCUCAGUGAGUGAUGUGGAGACUGUGCGCGAGGGACACCAGUCGGAGGUCCUGCAAAGUCUAGCGGAGGAGUUCCCAGCCGAGUGCUGUUUCACUGUCGUCUUUCACGGGCGCCGUAACAAUCUAGACCUAAUUGCUGGCUCAGCUGAGGAAGCUCAGUGCUGGAUCAAAGGCCUGCGGCACCUUGUGGAGAUUGUCACUAACAUGGAUCAGAAAGAGAAGAUUGAUCAAUGGAUCUGUGACUGGUUCAUAAAAGCUGACAAGGACAAGGAUGGGCGCAUGAACUUCAAGGAGGUGCAGCACUUACUCAGGAUGAUGAAUGUGGAUAUGAAUGAAGACCAUGCCUUCCUUCUCUUCCAGAUGGCUGACAAAUCAGAGACAGGUACACUGGAGGGGGAGGAGUUUGUGCUGUUCUACAAAGCACUGACUCAGCGGGACGAGGUGCUCGAGUUGUUCCAGGAGUACUCCGAGGAUGGCAAGAAGCUGACACUGUUGGAGCUUGUGGACUUCUUGCAACAGGAGCAGAUGGAGGGGGAUGGAAUUGAUGAGCAUGCCAUGGAGCUGAUUGACAGAUAUGAGCCAUCUGAGACAGCCAAGGCUCGCCACAUCCUGAGCAUUGAUGGAUUUCUCAUGUACUUAUGCUCACCUGAUGGCUCCAUCUUCAACCCUGGGCACAGAAAGGUCUUUCAAGACAUGUCUCAGCCCCUCUGCCAUUAUUUUAUCUCCUCCUCCCACAAUACAUAUCUGAUGGAGGACCAGCUGCGAGGACAGAGCAGCAUUGAGGGAUAUAUCAGGGCUCUGAAGAGAGGCUGCCGGUGUCUAGAGAUAGACUGUUGGGAUGGGCCUAAUGGGGAGCCCAUUGUCUAUCAUGGCCAUACCUUCACCUCUAAGAUCCCGUUCCGGGAAGUUGUGACAACCCUGGAGAAAUAUGCUUUCCGGGCUUCCGAAUACCCCAUCAUCCUGUCACUUGAGAACCACUGCAGUGUAGAGCAGCAGGACGUCAUGGCACAGCAGCUGAAAGGGAUUCUGGGAGAGCAGCUCCUCGUCACCACCAUUGAUGGGCGUGUCCCCGUGCAGUUGCCUUCACCAGAGGAGCUGAAGAGCAAGAUCAUUCUGAAGGGCAAGAAGAUUGGACACCUGGAGGACUCUCUGAAUGGACAUCUGGACAAUAUGCCUGAGCGGGAAGACGAGGAAGAGGAGGAGGGACCAGAGACAGAAGAAGAAGCCCUGCACAAUCAAAACAAGAGGAAAGAGAAGAGUUUUCAGCAAUCUGAGCUGCUUGUGCCUAAGGCCAAACAAUCCCUCUCCAAGGAGCUUUCUGACUGUAUUAUCUACUGCAAGAGUGUGCCCUUUGACAGCUUCCAGCACUCCCGAAGCCACUACAAGUCCUAUGAGAUGUCUUCCUUUGCCGAAUCCAAGACCCGCAAGCUCAUCCGAGAGGCUGGGAAUGACUUUGUCCGCCAUAAUGCCUGGCAGCUGACGCGCAUCUUCCCCAGCGGACUGCGGACCGACUCCUCCAAUUACAACCCCCAGGCGAUGUGGAAUGUGGGAUGCCAGAUGGUGGCCUUGAAUUUUCAGACGGCUGGAACAGAGAUGGACUUAUGUGAUGGACUCUUCAGUCAAAAUGGCCGCUGUGGCUAUGUGCUGAAGCCGACCUUUAUGAGAGACCCAGAGACAGCCUUCAGUCCUGAGAAUCCCCAAAGCAGGGGUAACAAUAGUCCACUGAAUUUAGUCAUUAAGGUCAUUAGCGGGCAGCAGCUUCCCAAGAUGCCAAACAGCAAAGAAGGCUCCAUCGUGGAUCCACUUGUGCGGGUGGAGAUUCAUGGGGUCCCUGCUGACAAUGCUAGGCAGGAGACCAAAUAUAUUGAUAACAAUGGUUUUAACCCACAUUGGGGUGAGACCUUUCUGUUCCAAGUUUGGGUACCAGAGCUGGCACUUUUGCGCUUUGUGGUGGAGGAUUAUGACAAGGCAUCUUGGAAUGACUUUGUGGGACAGUACACUCUACCUCUUACUAGUGUCAAAGCAGGAUACCGCCACAUCCACCUUCUUUCCAAAGAUGGAACAAGUAUCCCACCAGCAUCCCUAUUUGUCCACAUCCAAAUCAGGGCAUUGUCAGCAGAGAGUGACUGAAUCAGCUGCCUCUCAAAGUGCAACUCAUCCCUCUCUGCCCAAUUUAGUUUGGCGAAUGUGAGGGAGUGAAGGAGACAAUAGCCUUGGUAAGGAAAGAUGCCAUACAACACUCCAUCUGCCUGCCUCUCUGGUUCCUAUCCAAGACUGGAAUGAAAGGCUAUUUUGCACUAUUAUAUUGUUUAUUUAUUUAUUUAAGCAAACAAAAAACCCCCAACAAUUUUGUAUCAUUUUGCUGCUGUUUUUAUAUAGAUAUAUAUAGAUAUAGAUAUAGAUAUUUAAAAAUUAUUGUGAUUUGCACAGAUCCCAGACCCUUCAAGCAGGCUUCAACUAAGUCUGUCAACUCUGAUGGCUCUGUUUUAAAAUCUACCUCCAUUGUAUACCAAGGGCAGGCUAGGCUGCUACAGCCAGGAACAGAAACUACCGCAAGACAGGCUUACAGUCUUCAAAAGGAAGAGUGAGUUUCUUUCAUCACCCGUCAUGUCUUUCCAAAGGGCAUUUUUUCCUCACCUGUCUUCAGCGGCAACUCUCCUUGUCUAGGCAUGGAAGCAGGGCCAACUUGCUGUCCAUCUCUAAAACAGGAUCAGAUUAUGAACGCUCAAGCUGUUCCUAGAGGCUUCUGGCUACAUUUGGCAACACCUGAUGGAAGAAAGAAAGGACCCCAUCUGUGGCUCUUGUAACAACAUCUCUUAGCUGGAAAGCUACAUCCUCCUGUCUAACAGACCAAAAGAGGCAGGAAGAAGCUAAACUGUUGAACCAUAUGCUCUUUUUCCUUGCAAACUGCACAUGAGAAAGGAGAAAAUGAGCUCCGUUUAUUCCCAUUGCCUUUCAGAUGCUAAUCUGAACUGUGGUGAAACAUAGAAUUUCCCUUUCCGUGUCGUCUAGCUGUAGAUCUUUCCUGUUACUAUCACCCAGUUAGCAGCUAAUAGGGUGCUUGCAUAUAUACAUGUUCAUUACUUAGUAAUCAAGUGACAAUAUACAUCUGUGGAACUGACAAUGCACAUCAACAGCCAUCCAUGUGCUAUCCACAAAGUCUUUAAUUUCUAGUGGAGGCAGUUUGCACAUUUAGGUAGAUGUUAUCAAAUGAUGUACAGUGUGUGCCUAUGCAAAUUAGUCCACGGGCAAGGAGUAGCAGAAACAUAUUCUGCUGACUGCUUGAGGACUGUAGUCAUGAUGGAAGAGAUACCAACUCCCUUUCUCUACUCCAGGGACUUGGCUUUCUGACAAGUAUGUGUUGGCCAAGGAGUUCUGGCCACUAAGUGCUAUUUUUAUAUAGAAAUCUCUUGGCUCGGCUUGAAUCAGCCUCUAAAUUAACUCCAAGUAGGAAGGGUUAAGAACCUUAUACAGUGCCUUGCAAAAGUAAUC